GUCUGCUUUGGGGGAAACUAAGAUAAGCACUGUCCAUGAAAGGGGGACAAGGCAGUGAGCAGACACAGACAACUGCAAGGACCUCUUCCCACAGGUACCACUGACCUGUACAAAUGGGCCCUCAGCUUGAAGACUUAGCUAAUACUCUGAAUGCUCAGAAGAUAGGCAGGGCCAAGGUCUGGGCCUGAGGUAGGUGGGCCCGUCACACUAGUUUGCUCUUGCUUGACCCCAGAGUUGGUUAGAGGCAAGCUCAGGAUACUAAAAAUGGAUAGUUAUAAUGUGCCUUGGGUCCCAGAGUAGCCCAGGUCUCUCAGGCCCUACAGGAUGAGGCCAGAGUGACCCACUGGGAGGUCCCCUGGCCUCUGACUCUUCCAGCACAUUCUCUGCUCAGUAUCACUCCUUCCAGGAAUUCUCCCCACCCAGGUUUGUAGAAGGGCCGGUGCCUUCUGUUCCUCCACCCCCGCUAGCCUCAGUGUACACUGUAAGACCUAUUCCUGCUUUAUGCCCAGGUAAGGGCGCCCCAGGCUGCCCCCACACGACAGAGGCCCAGGCCAUGUCCCCAGUGGCCUCCAGGGGGCGCCGCCGGGAAGCCUGUCAUUGGGCUCCUGGGAGCUCCGCGGAGGUGGGCAGGCGCCGGCCCCUCAAGCCCUCGGGUUCGGCUGGCCUGCUCGACACAGCGGGCGCACCCAGGCUGGGUCGGGCUCAGAACUGCCCCUUGCCAUACACGUGUUGUGUCGCUCGCCGCUGCCUCAUUUCUACUCUUGCCCGAGGUCGGACGCUAAAUUCUGUCAGGCCCAGUGUCCACGUGUCCGUUUAUCUGUCCGUUUGCAUAUGACCGUAGAUCGGCACGCCCUGCUCCAGCUGCGGCAUGUGCAGGGUUAAGGCGAGAGGAGGUUUCCCUGAGUCGGAGGGGGAGGGGGGCGAGGGGCGGACCUGGCCCAGCCCCGCCCCGCGCCGGAGCAGUACCGGAGCCCCGCCAGAGCCCGACUUCAGCCCCAGCCAGAUCCGGCGUCAACGGAGGCGGAACGGUGGACCCCGUACCCUGGCAGCAUCGGAGCACCGGCGGGUGAAGGCAAGGUCCCUGGACUGGUCAUAUACUUCUUGUGGCCCUGGCAGAAUCAAGAUGAGGCCCUGUCAUGCCUCCCCAGUGAGGCCUACAGUCUGAGCAGACAGCAUGGCCUGCCAUUGGCAGUGAACACCAUGUCUGCAGGAGGUGGCCGGGCCUUUGCUUGGCAAGUGUUCCCCCCCAUGCCCACUUGCCGGGUCUAUGGCACAGUGGCACACCAAGAUGGGCACCUGCUGGUGUUGGGGGGUUGUGGCCGGGCUGGACUGCCCCUGGACACUGCUGAGACACUGGACAUGGCCUCGCACACAUGGCUGGCACUGGCACCCCUGCCCACUGCCCGGGCUGGUGCAGCUGCAGUAGUUCUGGGCAAGCAGGUGCUAGUGGUGGGUGGUGUGGAUGAGGUCCAGAGCCCGGUAGCUGCUGUAGAGGCCUUCCUGAUGGAUGAGGGCCGCUGGGAGCGUCGGGCCACCCUCCCUCAAGCAGCCAUGGGGGUUGCAACUGUGGAGAGAGGUGAGUGGCCUCCCAAGGAAGGCACUUCAGAUGGUAUGGUGUAUGCUCUGGGGGGAAUGGGCCCUGACACGGCCCCCCAGGCCCAGGUACGUGUGUAUGAGCCCCGUCGGGACUGCUGGCUUUCGCUACCCUCCAUGCCCACACCCUGCUAUGGGGCCUCCACCUUCCUGCACGGGAACAAGAUCUAUGUCCUGGGUACCCCAAUUCCAUUGACAGGGGGCCGCCAGGGCAAGCUCCCGGUGACUGCUUUUGAAGCCUUUGAUCUGGAGGCCCGUACAUGGACCCGGCAUCCAAGCCUACCCAGCCGUCGGGCCUUUGCUGGCUGCGCCAUGGCUGAAGGCAGCGUCUUUAGCCUGGGUGGCCUGCAGCAGCCUGGGCCCCACAACUUCUACUCUCGCCCACAUUUUGUCAACACUGUGGAGAUGUUUGACCUGGAGCAUGGGUCCUGGACCAAACUGCCCCGCAGCCUGCGCAUGAGGGAUAAGAGGGCAGACUUUGUGGUUGGGUCCCUUGGGGGCCACAUUGUGGCCAUUGGGGGCCUUGGAAACCAGCCAUGUCCUUUGGGCUCUGUGGAGAGCUUUAGCCUUGCACAGCGGCGCUGGGAGGCAUUGCCUGCCAUGCCCACUGCCCGCUGCUCCUGCUCUAGUCUGCAGGCUGGGCCCCGGCUGUUUGUUAUUGGGGGUGUGGCCCAGGGCCCCAGUCAAGCCGUGGAGGCACUGUGUCUGCGUGAUGGGGUCUGAAGGCUUGGUGGGAGCUGUCCACUGGAGUAGCUCAUUGCCAGAGGCAGCUAUUUCUAUGGCUCCUUUUGCUGCUGAGGACACUCACUGUGGGUCUGUGGGAUGAGAGAGGCAUGGGGGUGAGCACUUGAAACACUGCCUUGGGGCCUUGGGUUAGGGGAGCCUUUGUUUUUAGUGCAGGACACACAUAUGCUUACACCUACCUUUAUCACCAUUCGUUCAUGAAUCAUGCCUAGCUCCAUCCUUGCCCUGGGACCUACUAGGCCUUCCAUCCAACUGGGAAAUGGGGAGAAGCAAAGCUGGCCUCAUGCUCUUCAGGGUCAGUUCCUAUCUGGAGUUGACCAGGCCUACCCCAGUUGCCAUUCCUGAAAAAUCUCAGCUGCCAGGCUGCCUUUAGGGUCCCUGUAGACCCAGGAGAGUUGAGAGGGUGGGGGACACAGAGAGAAUAGAGAGGAUGUGGGAACUGCCAGAGGGCUGGAGUGCAGGAGUUCAAGCGGAGGAAUGCUGGCUUUGAGCCCUCUACACUGCUGGUUGUAUGACCUUGGACAAGUCACUUCACCUCUCUGUGCCUCAGCAUCCUCAUCUAUAAAUGGGGAUCUCUGAAACCUUCCUACCCUACCUACCUCACAGGGCUGUUGUGAGGACCCAGGGAGUUUGGAUGUGGAAGUAAAAGUGCUGCUAAAACCUA